UUUAUAUGCAUGUGCAUUGAACAAAGUUUUUCACAAAAGGGAAUCAUCUUAAUUCUUAACUACAAGAGAGAGAGAGAGAGAGAGAGAGAGAGAGAGAGAGAGAGAGAGGAAGUGAGUGAGCAUCAUGGAUUCAGAGACGAGUAGAGGUGCUUCUUUGACGGUGAAGUAUUUGCAAAUGGGGAUAUGGUGGUUCUCAGUGAUGAUCUUUGUUGGGUAUUUAAUGGUUUGGAUUGUGAUGCCCACCAACAUCUUCUUUCCACAUUGGUUUCCAGAUAUUCAAGCUAAGGCAGAUUCAAUAUACUUCGGCAGACAAGGGACAACCAUACUCAUUUACACGUUUCCAAUUUUAUUAAUAGCCACUUUAGCUAGUCUAUAUUUCCACUUGGAGCAAAAACGUUCUAAUCACAAUACCGAAAGCAAGGUGGGAUUCUUAGGAUUUGCAUCAUGGAAAAGACCAUUGCUUGGAACUGGUCCUCUUGGGAUAAUCACUAUGACAGAGCUCUCUUUCAUUAUCAUGUUUGUUUUACUAUUAAUUUGGUCCUUGUGCUUCUACAUACAUGGCAUGUUUGCAAGCGUGGCACUAGAUGCAGCUAAGGAAAGAUUUCAUGAGUGGGAAGUCAAGCUGGAAUAUUCAGCCCUCGCUUUAGGCAUUGUUGGGUAUAUUUGCUUAGCCUUAUUGUUCUUUCCGGUCACGAGAGGGUCUUCAAUUUUGCGGUUCAUUGGCUUAACUUCAGAGGGAAGCAUCAAGUAUCAUAUCUGGCUAGGACACAUUGCAAUGACCCUCUUCACAGCCCAUGGUCUAGGUUAUAUUAUUUUUUGGGGAAAGACACAUCAAAUCUUGGAGAUAUUCAAAUGGAACAAAAUUGGCGUCUCAAAUGUGGCUGGAGCUGUUUCUCUGCUAGCUGGAUUAAUCCUGUGGGCUGCUACCUUACCUUCCAUAAGGCGAAAAGCUUUUGAGCUUUUCUUCUACACUCAUUACCUCUACAUUGUCUUUGUAAUCUUCUUUGUGUUUCAUGUGGGAUUUUCCAACUCUUGCAUAGUACUUCCAGGAUUUUACCUAUUCAUGAUCGACCGGUACCUGAGAUUCCUACAAUCUCAGCAGAAAGUUCGCUUAGUUUCGGCACGUGUUUUGCCUUGUGAAACUGUUGAACUGAACUUCGCCAAGAACAUAGGACUGUGCUAUGCUCCUACAAGUACCAUUUUCAUAAAUGUUCCUAGUAUUUCCAAGUUGCAGUGGCACCCUUUUACAAUCAGCUCUUGCAGUGAUACUGAUUCUGAUACUUUAAGCAUUGUCAUCAAAAGUUCAGGAACAUGGUCCAAUACUUUGUACCAGAAACUAUCAUCUUCAAUUCCAAUAUCCCACCUUGAUGUUUCAGUUGAAGGGCCCUAUGGACCAGCUUCAACCUUUUACUCAAGGCAUGAGCUGCUAGUGCUGGUGAGCGGAGGAAGUGGCAUUACUCCUUUCAUUUCCAUAAUCCGUUCACUAAUUUUUAAGGCCAACACUGAAGGCAGCAAAACUCCUAGAGUUCUUCUAGUAUGUGCCUUCAAAAAGUCUAUUGAUCUCACCACGAUAGACCUCAUCCUCCCAGUUUCAGCCACUUGCACCGCCUUCGAUAUCUCACGCUUGCAGCUUCAGAUUGAAGCCUAUGUAACCAGAGAGAAACAGCCAGAUAUGAAUGACAAAAAGCUAAUUCAAACAUUAUGGUUCAAGCCAAAUGCAUUGGAUGAACCAGUUUCUGCAGUUUUAGGACAAAACAGUUGGCUCUAUCUUAGCAUUAUCAUCUCAUCCUCCUUUAUGUUAUUCCUUCUACUUAUUGCCAUCCUAACUAGAUAUUACAUAUAUCCAAUUGACCAUAAUACUGACAUGAUAUACCCUUAUUUCUCAAGGUCCAGUCUAAGCAUGUUAUUCAUAUGCAUAUCUAUAGCCUUUGUAGCAACAUCUGCUUUCCUAUGGAACAAGAAACAGAACAAGGAUUUGGGGCAGAUUAAAAACAUUUACACAUCCAAUUCAUCAACUUCUCCGGGUUCAGGAUACUACAAUGCUGACAGAGAAUUAGGGAGUCUUCCCCUCCAAUCCCUCGUCCAAACAGCUAAAGUACAUUAUGGAGAAAGACCUAACAUAAAAAAAAUUCUCUCUGGCUGUAAUGGAUCAAGCAUUGGAGUUCUUGUUAGUGGCCCAAGAAAAAUGAGACAUGAAGUAGCAUCAUUAUGUACUUCUUGUUCAACAGAUGACCUACAUUUUGAGUCCCUUAGCUUCAGCUGGUGAGCUAUAAAUGCUGUUGUGUUAGUUUUGUUACAAGUGGCCUCUUAAUCCAGGGGAGACAGUCAGGAUCUUUAGUUUCAUUCAAUCUUGUAAUACAGUUAACAAAAGUGGCUAUUCUGUUUGUAAAUCUUGUGUAAAAUGGAUCACUUUGCUAUGCAUACUGUGAUUAGUUAGGUGAAUUUGUAAUUUGAUGGCGUAGGAAUAGUAUGAACUCAAUUAUCAAUUAUCUUA